AUGACAUCUGAUCGAGACGUCGCCGAAGAAGCGAGAACACCCGAUCGUCUUAAAAACAUUUCGGCUCCCACAAACGGACCACCAUCACCACCACCUAAUGGCGGUACCCUCGCAUGGCUUCAGGUCGCCGCAGGCUUCGUACUCUUCUUCAACACCUGGGGUAUGAUCAACACGUUCGCAGUCUUCCAAACCUACUACGAGUCCGGCGAACUAUUUCAGGCUUCCUCGUCGAACAUAUCUUGGAUCGGAUCUGUUCAAUGCUUCCUGCUUCAGCUCACGGGGCUUGUCGCUGGUCCCAUCUACGACAGGGGUUACCUUCGCCUACUUCUUGUCACCGCUUUCUGCGUCGGUAUCGGAGCAGGCCUGCUUUUCACGCCCACGGUGUCGCUCAUUCCAACCUGGUUCAGCACGCGCAUCGGUCUCGCCGUCGGUAUAGCAUCAUCUGGCUCUUCACUCGGCGGCAAUAUUUACCCCAUCGUGCUAUACCGGCUCAUAGGGCAAGUUGGAUUUCCGUGGGCUGUCCGCAGUAUCGGCUUCAUUGCCCUCGCGACCUUCAUCAUCCCGCUGGCCGUGAUGCGGAUGCGAGUGCGUAUGCCAAAGCCACGCGCGAUAGUCGAUUGGUCCGCAUUUACUGAUGCGCCGUUCAUUGUCUUCACACUGAGCGUGCUUAUCCUCUUCAUAGGCAACGCAGUGCUAAUAUUUUACGUUUCAUAUUACCCUCAAAAUCGUGGCUAUACUGAUACCUCGCUCGCGUUUUAUAUGGUAGCCAUCUUCAACGCCGGAUCAGUCCUGGGACGAAUCGCACCCAAUGCUUUGUCGGAUCGCAUUGGAGCUUUCAACACCAUGGCACCAAUUACAAUAAUGCUGGGUGUUACGGUGCUGUGUAUGCUUGGUGUGCACAACGAAGCUGGAAUGAUUGUCGAGGCAAUCGUCACCGGCUUCUUUAGUGGUGUGGUCGUCGCGCUACCACCUGUGUGCUUUCGCAUUCUUACGGAAAAUAAAUCUAUGAUCGGCACGCGCAUCGGGCAGGGGUUUGCAAUCGGUGGAUUCGGCUUGCUACUCGGUGGACCGAGUGCUGGUGCUAUUUUAGGGACUGAUGAUCCAUUGAAUUGGACUGGCCUCUGGGUUUAUGGAGGUGUGGUAGGAUGUGUAGCUGGAUUGAUCAUGUUAUGUGUUCGGAUCAUGAAGGCCGCAUUCGUUUUACGUGUGAGAGUUUGA